GCCGCACUCGCCGCGGAGACCGAGGGGAGCGGAGCCGCAGCCCCCAGCGCCAUUGCCGCCCUCAGCCCGCCAUGGCAGGAGCUGUUGAUGGGAGCGACACCCUGACGUGCCAGCUGGAUUCCUGAGCUCCUGUGUGACUGCUGGAGCUGCUGCUGUUGGAAUAAGGAGCUGUCCUCAGUUCUUGGCCUGGCCCAGAGGCACCUCCUGGGUGCUGCAUGCAAGUCCUGGACGUGCUGGAAACGAUGGGGAUUGGCAAGAACACCACGUCCAAAUCCGUGGAGGCAGGAGGCUCCACGGAGGCCAAAUACGAGGAUGAGUCCAAGCACCCCACCUUCUUCACCCUGCCUGUCGUCAUAAACGGCGGAGCCACCUCCAGCGGCGAUCAGGACACCGAGGACACGGAGCUGAUGGCCAUCUACACCACAGAGAAUGGCAUAGCAGAAAAGAGCUCCCUGGCUGAGACCCUGGACAGCAGUGGCAGCUUGGAUGCCCAGAGGACUGACAUGAUUUACACCAUUGAGGAUGUUCCUCCCUGGUACCUCUGCAUAUUUCUGGGCUUGCAGCACUACCUGACGUGUUUCAGCGGGACCAUCGCCGUGCCCUUCCUGCUGGCCGAUGCCAUGUGCGUGGGCUUUGACCAGUGGGCCACCAGCCAGCUCAUCGGGACCAUCUUCUUCUGCGUGGGCAUCACCACCCUGCUGCAGACCACCUUCGGCUGCAGGUUACCCCUGUUCCAAGCCAGUGCUUUUGCGUUUUUAGCACCUGCCAGAGCCAUUCUCUCUCUGGAGAAGUGGAAGUGCAAUAACACAGAUCUAACAGUUACAAACGGAACGGCAGAGCUGCUGCACACGGAGCACAUCUGGUACCCCCGGAUACGAGAGAUCCAAGGUGCCAUCAUCAUGUCGUCGCUGAUCGAGGUGGUGAUCGGGCUGCUGGGGCUGCCCGGGGCUCUGCUGCGCUACAUUGGCCCCCUGACCAUCACCCCCACCGUGGCCCUCAUCGGCCUCUCGGGCUUCCAGGCUGCUGGGGAGAGAGCUGGCAAGCACUGGGGCAUCGCCAUGCUGACUAUUUUCCUAGUGUUGUUGUUUUCUCAGUAUGCCAGAAAUGUCAAAUUUCCCUUGCCCAUUUAUAAAUCCAAGAAAGGAUGGACAGCAUACAGGCUGCAGCUUUUCAAGAUGUUCCCUAUCAUCCUGGCCAUCCUGGUGUCGUGGCUGCUGUGCUUCAUCUUCACGGUGACCGACGUCUUCCCCCCGGACAGCUCCAAGUACGGAUUCUACGCGCGCACGGACGCGCGCCGCGGCGUGCUGCUGGUGGCCCCCUGGUUCAAGGUGCCCUACCCCUUUCAGUGGGGGCUGCCCACCAUCUCUGCGGCGGGGGUGAUCGGGAUGCUGAGCGCCGUCGUCGCCAGCAUCAUCGAGUCCAUCGGGGAUUACUACGCCUGUGCCCGGCUGUCCUGCGCUCCCCCUCCUCCCAUCCACGCCAUAAACAGGGGGAUUUUCAUCGAGGGGCUCUCCUGCGUUCUGGACGGAGUUUUUGGGACAGGGAAUGGAUCCACCUCUUCCAGCCCCAACAUUGGAGUCCUGGGCAUCACAAAGGUUGGGAGCCGCAGGGUGAUCCAGUACGGAGCAGCGUUCAUGCUGCUGCUGGGCAUGGUGGGCAAGUUCAGCGCGCUCUUCGCAUCGCUGCCCGACCCCGUGCUGGGGGCUCUCUUCUGCACCCUCUUCGGGAUGAUCACGGCCGUGGGUCUGUCCAACCUCCAGUUCAUCGAUCUGAAUUCUUCCCGGAAUCUCUUCGUGCUGGGAUUUUCCAUUUUCUUCGGGCUGGUCCUGCCCAGCUAUCUCAAACAGAACCCCCUGGUCACAGGAAUAGCGGGCAUUGACCAGGUGCUGAACGUCCUGCUCACCACAGCCAUGUUCGUCGGGGGCUGCGUCGCCUUCGUGCUGGACAACACCAUCCCAGGAAGCCCCGAAGAGCGAGGAAUUCGGAAAUGGAAGAAGGGGAUUGGCAAAGGAAGCAAAUCCCUGGAUGGCAUGGAGACAUAUGAUCUGCCUUUUGGCAUGAACUUCAUUAAAAAAUACAGGUGUUUCAGCUUCCUGCCCAUCAGCCCCACCUUCAUGGGAUACACGUGGAAAGGCUUCAGGAAAAGCAGUAACUGCAGGAGUUCAGAAGACUCAGAAGCUACAGUAUAGCCUUAGCUGAAAUUAUAUUAUCUAGUUGUAGUCAAAGAUGUAUUUGCAGUUUCUUGCUGAUUAAGAAGCAUUAAAAUAUAUGUUUUGUAUAUCUGCAUUUAAAUUCUGGAACCAGAGCUGAGACAGAUUUAACAAAAAAAAAAAAAAGAAAAAAAAAGAAAAAUAAAUAAGCUUUUCCUGCUGUGGGUGGUGGGAGCCAGGUCUGGUGUCUCUGGGGUAAAUCCAGCUGAUUUUGGGAAGUUGUAGAGAGCUGUGCACCUGAAUCUGAUGGUUUGGAACGGGUUUAGGUGGAGGUGUGGAGGUUCUGCUGCAACGCUUUCCUUUUUCUGGUGAUUUCAUUGAAACCCUCAGGGUUGGUUCCGCCGAGGAAAGCUGAAACUCGGAGCAGGAGCGGGGGGAAAAGAGAGCAGAGGAGAAAAUCAUUUCCUUCUGCUGAUGUGGAGUCCCAGAGAUGCUGUUGUGCUGCUCAGUGAUUUGCACAUUCCACGUUCUCAGCGCCCAGCUGAUGCUGGCAGAUCAGGAGAGCUCAGUGUGAAUUAUCUGUGAUUCCAGAUUCCUGCUCAGACAGGAACUUUCUGGAAUAACUUUGCCCUUGAAAGCCGUGACUUUGGCUGGCUCAGUGCUGCAGCAGCCGCUUUGUUGGUUUUAUUCACUUUAUUCGCAGCAUUUCUCACUUUGGAGCGUUUGCUUUCCCAGCUCCCAGCUCCAGGCUUUCCUCACAGGACGAGGCUGGGGCGUUCCAGGGAUGGGAAACUGCGCUCAGACAGGACCUGGAGGAACUUCCCAGUUCAGUGCCUGUGUCCUGGCCAGAAAUGCUGAUUAACCCAGCAGCUCCAAGCAAUUAACAGCAGCUUAAUUAACGUGCUCCCAACCCUCUGCUGCUGCACAAGGCUCUUCUCCUCCUGGGGGCCUUUUCCAGAGGGUGAUUCCUGCUAGGAAUGGGGUUUGGGACAGCAGAGACACCACACCUGCCAGCCUCACCCACCUGGUGGCUUCACGGGUAUUGGGUCCAACCAGGGCACCACUCAGAUAAAAUGUUGUUUUUUCCUUUCCUGGAAUAGUCUCAGCUCUGCUGUUAUGUGGGUGUUCACGCUCAUCAUGCAUUCAUGAUUAACAGUUUUAUUCCUGUUUAAUGUUCUUACUAUUGCAAGUUAGUUUUAGACUUCAGUGUGGCCCCCAAAGCGUUUUCAGCUGUGGAGAUCAUCAGGGAAAUGUUGUGUCAUGUAAUUCCAAGGCCAGUAAUGCUCUACGGUGCUUUGCCUUUUGUAUUCCUGGAGAACCACAAGAGCAGCUCCUGGGAGGCCCUGAUGUAUUUAUCCAAGUUUUGACUACUGGGCAGGAGCACAGGAACUCUGUUUUCUCUGAAUUUCUUCUGGGUUAUUGAAGCAUGGACAGGGUUGGGGUGGGGAGGGCAAGGACGGAGCUUGACGGAUCCGAGUAGCGUAGAGUCGGAAUGAUUCCGUGGGUACCGUUCUCAGCAUGCCAUGGCUGUUUCCAGAAACUGUUUUAUCCCGCUUUUCCCGUGUCCAAGCAUGCCUUUGUUCCCGCUUCCUUCGGGGAACUUUCAGUAGUUUGCGGUCUUGGUGUCGGUUGGACUCGAGGGCCGGUGGGAAGAGGGGUUGUGUGUGCUAGAGGAGGUUGGUUUGCCUGUGGGAAAAAAAAAAAGUGAUUUUCGCUCAUUUUUCAGUGUUUCCUCUCCAGGCAGGGAGGUGUUGGGUUCCCACGCCUGCCUGCGCACGCUUUGGGCACAAAGCUCCCCAAUUCCCCGGCUUUCUGUGCGGCCAAGGCUGUGUGGCAGACAGGGGGGUUAAAAACCCCCAUCCUAAAGGAAAACAAAACAACAGAGGGCUCGUGCUGAUGCCAAAUGCCAGAGCUGUCUCCUGUAAAAGCAGAGGGGAGGAAAAAGCUUCUCCAUUUCCAGCUGACUGCAGAGAGAGGAGGGGAGGAGAGCAGAGUUUGUGUCUCAAACUCCUGGGGAGUUCUCAGUGGAGAUUGCCAAAGCCAGGGCAGCAAAUCCUGGGCUGGUUCUGUCUCAGCCCUGGUUCCCCCCAGCAGCUUGGAUCGAAUUCUUGCUGUGAUCCGUGCCCCUGAGAGCAGAGCCCUGCCUCGGGAAGCAGGAAUUGGCCGGGUUUGGAUCCAGGGGUGGGACAGAUCCCCCCCUUUCCCCAGGGUGAGCGGUUCAGGGUGAGCCCCGGGCUCGGGGAUGUGCAGGAGGAGCUGCCUGGGGCGGGCACAGGGGGGAACAGCAGCUCCCCUGUCCCUCCCUGGGGCUCCUGAACCUUCUCCUGGGGGAAAUCCCUGAGCCCGCCCCGGGUUGGUGUCCCUGAAGGGAUUUUGGACCCCAAACCCUUCUCCUGCUUUCCCUUCUCCUGCUCCCCCUCCCAGGGGCUGCUGUGACAUCCUGGGGAGCUGGGGGCUGCGC